AUGCCUCUCCUCAAACCUCUCAACCGGCCCAAGUCCCCCAACAGCUCCCUCCUCUCGGCCAAGAGCUACGACCCAGACGCCAACUCCCUCCGCAGCGACCAGGACUCGGACAGCGACGAUGACGAGCGCCAGGCCCGCGCCCGCAACAGCCGCGAGCUGCGCGCCCACGACCGGAUCGUCCUGCUCGAGGAAGAAGAGAUGGACCAGCUCGUGACCGACGCGCGCAGGCGCCAGGAGCGUGAGCGCAGGGGGUCAAGCCAGAAGCGUAAAGUGUCGGGUUUGUCCAUCCGGGCGCCCAUCAACCUCUUCUCGUCUGGGAGCAGCGGCGGUGGUGAAAGCCAUCCUCUGUCGCAGCAGGUAUCGACGGAGAACCUGCGGGGCGAGGCCAGGAAGCAGCGGCGGCAGAGGAGGAGGGAGAAGAAGGAGAGGCUGCUGGAGAAGGCACACGAGGGCGAGGACGGGGAGCUGAUGUUUGAGCUGGAGGAGGGCGGGCUCAAGACGGGCAGCUCGGCUGGCUGUAGCGAUAGAGAGGACAGCGACGAGCUCGACAGGCGCGGUCUUCGAUAUUUGGCGGAUGCAAAGAGACAGCGGAGGAGGGAUCGUUGGCGAUGGACCUUGAUCUACGUCUCGAUCGCGGCGGCCUUUGCGGUCUUGGCAUUUGUGGCCUGGAAGAUGUCUGUCAAGAACACAGCGUUCAAGGCGCAGACUCUUGUCAGCAACGGCACUGCGCUCUUUGCGCCCACCACGCUCAUCAUCAGCCUAGACGGGUUCAGGGCAGAUUUCCUCCAACGAGGUUUGACUCCGAGGCUGAACGCUUUCGUCAAAGAGGGCGUGUCGCCAUUGUAUAUGAACCCGUCCUUUCCGAGCGUCACAUUUCCUAAUCACUUCACCCUGGCCACGGGCCUGUACCCAGAAGCCCACGGAGUUGUGGCAAACAGCUUCUGGGACCCCAAACUGCAACAGGAGUUCUACUAUACAGACACGGAUGUCAGCAUGCAGUCGAAAUGGUGGAAUGGGGAGCCGUUUUGGGUCACAGCAGAGCAGCACGGCAUCCGAACCGCGAUCCACAUGUGGCCUGGCAGCGAGGCUCAUCUCGGCGGGGUCGAGCCUGCCUUCAUCGACCAGUACAACGGCCGAGAGAAGCUGUCCAACAAGGUCGCAAGGAUCUUUGAAUUUCUAGACAGGCCUGGUCUGGAGGACCCGCAUGCCAGGACUGAGGACAUGAGGCCGCAGCUGAUCGCAGCCUACGUGCCAAACGUCGAUGCCGAUGGCCACAAGUUUGGGCCCAAUAGUACCGAGAUACGCUCCACGAUCCAGAACGCUGACACGAUGCUCGACGACAUCUUUCUCGGAUUGGAAGCGCGGAAUCUGACCGACAUCGUCAAUGUGAUUGUCGUGUCGGACCACGGCAUGGCCACGACUGAUGUGUCUCGGAUGAUCCAGAUGGAAGACCUCGUGGACCUUAGCAAGGUGGACCACAUUGACGGCUGGCCCCUGGUCGGCCUGCGACCCAAGGACCCCUCUGAUCUCGACGAAAUGUACCAGGGCCUCCUUGACAAGGCCAACACCAACCCCAACUUCGACGUCUAUCUUCGCGACGUGAACAUGCCUGAACGGUACCACUUCUCUAACAAUGAGCGCAUCGCGCCGCUCUGGAUCAUCCCAAAGACCGGCUGGGCCAUCGUCGACAAGAAGGAGUUCGAUAUUGAAGACGCCAAAGCGAACAACAAGGUGUACCACCCACAAGGCCUGCACGGAUACGAUCACGAACACCCUCUGAUGCGAGCCAUCUUCAUCGCACGCGGCCCUGCUUUUCCUCACCAGCCGGGCAGCAGGGUCGAGCCAUUCCAAAACAUCGAAGUCUACAAUAUCCUCUGUGACUCGAUCGGCCUCACCCCGGCCCCUAACAACGGCACUCUUCGCCUCCCACUACAGACCACCGGCCUACACGACGAGGUCCCCGCCAUCGAAGUCCCCGCCGACCCCGUAACCAGCUACACCCUCACCCCGACACCGACACCGACA